UUUUGACGUUUUGCCAAGAUGGCGUAUUGCGAUUUUAACAAUUUUGUAAAUAUUUCCAACGAUAUUGAGAGACGAUGUAGGACUUGUCUUCGUAUUUGUGACGAAUUUAACGCACUUUCGAAGUGUGUACAAGUUGGUGAGAGCAGUUUAACACUUACUGAAAUCAUUCAGAGUUGUGCUUCAGUACAGAUAUCUGAAACGGACGAGUUUCCCCAAGGAAUAUGCGAAAAUUGCAAAGAUGUGGCAAUUAAAUCGUACUUAUUUAGAGUCCAAUGUGAAACCUCUGAUAAAUAUCUACAAACAUUUGCCCAAAGAACUAGUUUGAAAAAAACGCUACCAACUGUUGAAACAAUAAAAAUAGAAAUUGAAAAAAGUAUUAAAACUUCAACAAAACACUCGUGUCACAACUGUGAUGAAAGUUUUACCUCAAAAAAAUCACUAUUACACCAUCGCAAAACCCACGAGUCUGACACCACAAACCGUACUUGCCCCUUGUGCUCCAAAGUCUUCCAAUACCGCACCAGUAUGCUAAAACACAAAAAGCGCCACAAUGCGCCCCCCAAGACAUGCCCAUUUUGCCCCUUUGAACCCAGCAGUCCUAGCAACCUCUCCAAGCACAUGGAACAAACACAUUCGCAUUUGAAGUCGUUCAAGUGUUCCCUGUGCCCCAAAACCUUCUUCAAAAAGGCCAAUUUGCGCCUCCACGUGCAAGUCCACACAGGGGUGAAGAAGCACACGUGCGAGAUCUGUGGCAUGUCUUUUGUUUUACGAGGUAACUUGUCGGUGCAUCGGAGAUUGCACACGGGGGAGAGGCCGUAUACAUGUUCCACGUGCGGUCGGGGGUUCACACAGCAAUCGGCGCUGCGAUCGCAUGAAGCGGGGCAUUCAGAUAAGAAGGAUUAUGUGUGCAGUGAUUGUGGAGCGGCGUUUAGUCGAAAGGGGGCGUUGAGGAAUCAUAGGAAGAGACAUUCGGGGGCGCGGCCGUUUGAGUGUUCAGUUUGUGGAAAAAAGUUUACUUUUAGUUCGGAGAGAAAGAGGCAUAUGUUGAUUCACACAGGCGAUAAGAAUUUUGAGUGUGAGGUGUGUGGGAGGAGAUUUACAAGGGGGACGAAUUUGAGGGUGCAUAAGAGGAUACAUACGGGGGAGACGCCACAUGUGUGUGGGGUGUGCGGGAAGGGAUUCAUACAAGCGCAUUGUUUGAGGACGCAUAUGAAUACGCAUUCAGGGGCGCAGUGAUAUUUCAUAUUUUUAAUAACUCAAUAAAUUUU